GCCCCGCCCCCCGCACCGCCGCCAUGUCGGGGCCGGAGGAGGCGGCGGCGCUGGCGGCGCUGAGCGAGCGGCUGGAGGCGGAGGUGGCCUGCGCCGUGUGCCUGGAGCCGGCGGCCGAGGCGCUGCUCACGCCCUGCGGCCACGGCUUCUGCGCCGCCUGCGUGGCCGCGCUGCAGCGCGCCGCCGCGCCCGCCGCCUGCCCGCAGUGCCGCCGCCCGCUGCCGCCGGGCUGCUGCCGCCCCAACCUCCCGCUGCGCGGCGCCGCCGAGGCCGCGGCCGAGCUGUCGCGGCUGGCGGCCGCCGCCGCCCGCCGUCCUCGCUGCGCCGCCCACGGCGAGUCGCCGCGGCUCUUCUGCGAGCGCUGCCGCCGCGCGCUCUGCGCGCUCUGCCGCGACGAGCCCGCGCACCGCGGCCACCCGGCCCGCCCCGUCGAGCAGGCCGCGCCGCGCCUCCGGGAGAUGCUUCAGAACGAUUUGGCUUUUCUCCAAAAAGAGAGAGAAGAAUUUAAGCCGGAAGGAGAGAAGAGGAGCGACGAGCUGAUGGGGACGGUGGCGUCGGAGCGGGAGAGGCUGCGGGCCGGAUUCCGGGAGCUGCAGCGGUUCCUGCGGGAGCAGGAGGACGCGCUGCUGGCCCGGCUCGACGAGGCGCACGGCGAGCUCGCCGAGAGGCGCGGCGAAUACGUCGGCAGUGUUUCGGCGAGGAGGUCGCUGCUGGACGCGGCGGUCGCGGAGAUAGAGAAGAAGCGCGACCAGCCGGACAUGGAGUUCCUCAUGGACAUUGACAGCACCCUGAGCAGCUGUGAGGCCGCGAAGGCCCCGCUCCCGGAGCCGGUUCCCUCGGCGCUGCGGAGGAGGGUUUGCAGCCUCUCCGAGACGAGCGAGCUGGUCCUGGGCGCCCUGGCUGAGUUCAGAGCCGAUCUGCUGAGCAAGGUGGACAGAGAGAGGGCGAAGGUGACCCUGGACCCAGAGACGGCCAACCCUUACCUGGUCCUGUCGAACGACGGCAAAACCCUGCGUCUGGGGAAAAGGCAUCAAGACCUCCCCGACGCCCCCGGGAGAUUCACGGGCAGCUCCAGCGUCCUGGGCACCCAGGGGUUCGCGGCAGGGAGGCAUUACUGGGAGCUGGAGGUGGGCGACGGGGACAGCUGGGCCGUGGGGGUGGCCGUGGAGUCCGUGCGGAGGAAGGAGUCGCUCACCCUCGCCAUGGGGGGGAUCUGGGCCCUGCGGCGGGACUGGGAUCGCGGGUACUCGGCGCUCACCAUGCCCCCCAUCCCGCUGGUCCUGGAGGAAGAGCCCCGGCGGAUCAGGGUCCACCUGGACUACGAAGCCGGUGAAGUGACCUUCUACAACCUGGAGAACAUGACGCAGAUCUUCCAGUUCAAGGCCUCCUUCACCGAGAAGGUCUUUCCGUACUUUUGGCUCUGGUCAGAAGGAUCCUAUAUCCAGCUGUGUGCCUGAUGGGGUCGGGCGCCUCCCGGUCCCCUGCUCGUGCCUUUGGUUGGGGGAGCAGGAGAGGUGCGUGGUGACGGCGUGGCAUCGCACUGCAAGCUCCCAGCACCUCUGCUUGGGCUGGCGCAUGUCCACACGCUGCUGCUGCUGCUGCUAUGGCAUUAAAGGUGUGUUUGGCCUGCC